AAGGCAGUCAGCUACGAUUCGUUUCAGACGCAUUUCUCCCAUUGGAAAUUCAGUAGAAAAUUCAUUUUUUAAAGCAAGUGUGUGAAAAAUCUGAUAGCACUAGUGUGUCAACCGUGUCACUUUAGGAAUCUAUCUGAGCAUUACUUUAGUUUUUUUCUGUUAUUAAAUUAAAUUUUGGUUUUUUCAAUUUUGCAUUAGCCGAUUGAAAACAUGACUUCGAUUGAAUCCAAACGCGUGCAAUAUCGCAAGUACCUGGAACGUGCUGGAGUCAUCGAUGCACUUAGCAAGGCUCUAAUUAAGCUCUACGAGGAACAGAACAAGCCCGAAGAUGCCAUACGAUUUGUACGUAAAUUCAUGUGUGAAAGCUGCCCGGAUGAUGCCCAGUAUGAUGUGAUGAAGAACGAUCUGGAUGAGGCCAAGACGACUAUAUCGCGCUUGGAGCAGGAACUGGAGCGUCUCCGUGGACAAAUCAAGAAAUCACCAGAAGAGUACCAGGAGCUUACUAUGGCUGGCUACAAAUCCCUCAUUGAUGACGAGGAGAAUGUCAGUUCUCUAUUGCGUAAAUACCUCACACCUGAACUGUUGGAGGAAUACAUGUUGGUAACGACGUCGCCCCCUGUGGAAGCUUAUCUGUAUGAUUGUGCCGUUUCUGGUUUUGAGCAUCAUGACUCCCAUGUGGGCAUCUAUGCGGCCGAUCCUGAAAGUUAUGACGUCUUCACAAAGCUUUUUGAUCCGAUCAUCAAGGAGUACCAUGGUCAGGAGGAGAACGAAAGCGAUGUUCUCCAAAAGGACAUCGACUGGGGCAAUGUGGAUGAAAUUGAGAAUCUUGAUGCGGAACGCAAGUAUAUACUCUCCGCCCGUAUUCGCAUUGCCCGCAACAUUGAGGGUUAUCCCUUCUUCCCGAAACUGACCGAGAAGCAGCUGAUCGAGGUGGAGGAUAAGGUGCGUGCCGCCACAGAGACCAUGGAUGGGGAGCUAAUUGGCACCUAUCUGACAUUGGCUGACAUUGAUACGGAGACCCAGCAGGAGAUGGUCAAGCGUCACAUACUCUUCCAGCGAGGAGAUCGUUAUCUGCAGACCGCUGGUUGCUUCCGCUUCUGGCCCACUGGUCGCGGUGUCUAUCAUAAUCCUGCCGAGACAUUUUUAAUUUGGGUCAACGAGGAGGAUCAUCUGCGCAUCAUAUCGAUGGCGCAGUGCGGUGAUUUGGGUGAUGUCUAUCAGCGUCUGGUCAACGGCAUUACGGAGCUGGAGAAGAAUCUAACCUUUGGUCGCCAUCAAAGCUAUGGCAAUCUGAGUGCGUGUCCCACCAAUUUGGGCACCACACUCCGUGCCUCGGUCCACAUUCGCCUGCCGCUGUUGAGCAAGGACGAGGAGCGACUGAAGGCCAUGGCAGAGGAACUGUCUCUGCAGAUCCGAGGCACUGGAGGCGAGCACACAGCCAUUGAGGAUGGCGUCAUGGACAUCUCGAACAAGCGCCGUCUGGGCUUCACAGAGUUCGAGUUGGUGAAGUCCUUGCAGGAUGGUAUUGUGGCCCUAAUCAACGCCGAGGAGGAGCUCGAGAUAGCUGGACAGGAGGGCUAAAAUCUCUGGUGGAUUCCACCAGGAAACGCAAAUGUGAAUGGAAACUGAAUGUGCGAGUGCUGAACGUGGAUCUGGACAAGUCUAAACCAAUUAAGAUAUAGUUAAAAUUACACGAAUAUUUGAUUAAAUAAAUUUGAGACCUCUUCAAUAGUU